GCGGGAGGGACCGGAAGAGGUGGUUCCUUUCUGUUGCGAUGUGGGGAGGCCACAAGAUGGGCUCCUCCGGGAGUCGAUUUUUAGGAGGGCUUAGGUCGGGGUUCCGGGGCGCACAGGCUUGCUGUCCUCGUUUAACCACGUCGCAGGCGGUUUAUUCAAAGAAUCAGCUCAGUUGGACUCUACGAAUUAAACCAAGGGUUUUCGGUGAAUACAGAAUCAUGUGGUUCAAAUCCCGUAGUAUGACUUUUGCCUACUUGAGUAAGAUGAAAAGUUACAGGCUCCCUUGGACGAGACUGUACUGUACUUCCCAGACCACUGUGGACAGCAGUGAGGUGAAGACUUUCCUGGCCCUGGCUCACAGGUGGUGGGAUGAGGAAGGCGUAUAUGCUCCUCUUCACUCGAUGAAUGACCUGAGGGUGCCAUUUAUCAGAGACAAUCUUUUAAAAACAAUUGUUAAUCACCAGCCAGGAAAACCUUUGUCUGGGAUGAAGAUUCUUGAUGUUGGCUGUGGUGGUGGAUUGUUAACUGAACCUCUAGGGCGGCUUGGGGCUUCAGUUACUGGAAUCGAUCCUGUGGAUGAGAACAUUAAAACUGCACAGCACCAUAAAUCAUUUGACCCAGUCCUGGAUAAGAGGAUAGAGUACAGAGCGUGUUCCCUGGAAGAGAUUGUAGAAGAAACUGCAGAAACAUUUGAUGCUGUCAUAGCUUCUGAAGUUGUAGAACAUGUGAUUGAUCUAGAAACGUUUAUACAGUGCUGCUGUCAAGUGCUAAAACCCGGUGGUUCUUUAUUCAUUACUACAAUCAACAAAACACAGCUGUCCUAUGCCUUGGGAAUUGUUUUUGCAGAGCAAAUUGCAGGUAUUGUACCAAAAGGUACUCAUACGUGGGAGAAGUUUGUUUCACCCGAAAAGCUAGAGAGCAUUCUGGAAUCAAAUGGUUUGUCAGUUCUAACUGUGGCAGGAAUGGUCUACAACCCCUUCUCAGGUUACUGGCAUUGGAGUGAAAACACCAGCCUUAACUAUGCAGCUCAUGCGGUCAAAUCCAGCGUCCAGGAGCACGUGGUGCCCGCCGAGUUUGCUUUAAAGGGAGAAACAGAAGAGCUCCGAGCUGAAGCCUCCCACAACUCAGGUGUGCGUGAAGAACUGAAGAGAUGAAUUGUUUCUAAGGACUGUAGUAAAAUGGCUUGAAAGUGUGAUGUUUACAAAUACAGAAAAUAGUUUAUCUUUUGAGACAGGAUCAUAAAGAAGAGAAAAGUUAAUAAAAAAGGGCUAAAGCGUUAGAUAAAAGCUUUUGUUGUUUCAUCUAAUAGCUACCUUCAAGGGAUUAUUCUAUGGAUAAAAAAGUUUUGUCAAGGUAUUAUGUGAUCUAGGAAUGUAAGUUCCAGAAUCAGCCUUUGUUAUAUGAUUAGGACAUGUAUAUAUUUCACUUCACCUUACAGGUUAUGCAUUUUCCCAGCGUGUAUGCACAGGCAUAUAUAUGUACAGUAAUAUGUUUUAAUUUAAAGUAGUCUAUAUCAUCUGUGUUCUUUAUUUGAUUUUGGUUAAAGCAGUUAUGUUUCUGACUGAUGAAAACCAAACAUCAUUUUAUACUGCCUAUGUUUGGGAAGAUAAAAUGUAUUUUUUCCUUUAAAUUUUAGUUUAUGGGAAAGCAAAUUGAUUGUUAAACAUGUAUUGGGUUUGGUCAAACAUUAAAAUCAAGAAAUUCAGAUUA